AUGGCACGGAUUCCGCCUCUGAUUGCUGAAACCUUGAAACCACAGCAGCCUGGCGCCUUACACCGCCGUGCAUCAGGGAUCCAGCCCGGCUUGCAAACGUCUGCACAGUCUGUGGCGACGCUGAUCAACAAUGACAAGAUACGCGUAUAUGCGCAUGUUUGCGGUGAACUGCUCGAAUCGGCACGGAGGAAUGCAUGCUAUUACCGGUGGAUUGUUCCACCUGCACCGACUACCAUCUCCAUGUUGUCGCCUUCAUCCUUGACGCUAACGCCAGAUAUUGGUAGAAGACUGAUACCUCAGAUAGUGGAUAACCUGGCCGAUGCCGACCCAGAUCGCAUCUUCUACUCCAUCUCUUCCCUCAACGAUGCUACACUGAGCUUCCGUCAUAUAACAGUCAGACAGUUUGCAAACGCAGUCGACAAGACCGCGUGGUGGCUUGUGGAUCAGCUAGGGUCCUCUGCGUCCAUACAGCCAGUUGGUUACAUCGGCCAACAUGAUAUUCGUCACAUUCUUUUGACGUAUGCAUGUGUCAAGGCUGGGUAUUCGGCUCUCUUUCUGUCUCCCAAAAACAACUUGGAUGGAGCAUUGGCCGUGCUGGAAGCGGCUCAUUGCGAUAUAUGGGUUCAGUCAAAGGAGCAGGCCUCGGUACCUUUGGUCCGGGAAUUCUUAGAGCACCGGCAAAUGCGCAUUCUGCAACUUCCUGAAAUCGAUGAGCUUAUCGAUGCACCUAGUACCAGGCCUUUUCCUUACACAAAGAAGUUCGAUGAAAUCAUGCAAGAACCUUUUUGCAUUCUUCAUACCUCCGGGACUACUGGAGUUCCUAAGCCUGUCUCAUGGUCACAUGGACUGAUAGGAACAAUGGAUGCAAUUCGAUUACUUCCACCUACGGAAGGUGAUCAAGGUCUAGCCCCAUGGAGCCGUGACUGGGACGAAGGCGACACUAUCUAUUCUUCUUUUCCUAUGAGCCAUGGUGCAGGCAUCAUCAUGGAUAUCCUGCUACCUGCAUUAUUUGCUUUGCGUUGCGUUUUGGGGCCUGCCAAGGUGAUUCCAAAUAUGCACCUCAUGGAUCUCCUUGCGACGCAAGCCAAAAUCGACAUUUGGAGCAUGGUGCCAUCCCUUGUUGAUGAAUUGGGCGAAACACCAGAUGUCCUGGAAAAGUUUAGAUCGUCGAAAUUCAUAUGCGCAUCGGGAGGUCCCGUGAAUCCAACAAUAGUCAACAAGGUAAACAAAACUGUGCGAGUACUUAACUUGACAGGCACCACGGAGGGCCUGUUCAUUGGGAACCUGUGGACCGAGAGAGAAGACUGGCAUUGGUUCGCUUUCCAUCCAUACUCAGGCUUCGAAUUCAAAGAGAUAGAACCUGGUGUGUAUGAGCAGUGGGCGCAUCGAAACGAGCAUUGGCCGUUGUUCCAGGGGAUUUUCCACACGUUCCCAUCCGAAGAUCACUACAACUUCAAGGAUCUCUACAUACGACAUCCCACCAAGCCCUACCUCUGGGCUUUCAGAGGUCGCAGCAAUGAUACAGUGGUGCUAUCUAGUGGCGAAAAGAUCUCGCCACUGGAGACCGAAGCCUACGUGACAGCACACCCUGCCAUUGAAGGCUGUCUCAUGAUUGGCUCCGGGAAGCUGCAGCCGGGACUGCUCAUCGAAUUGAAGGAUCCAGCAAAUGCGACUGAAGAGACUCUCGAUAGCAUUUGGGCUACAAUCGAAAAAUCGAAUGAGCAGGGCCUGCAGCGAGGUCGACUUAGCCGGGACUUCAUCACUUUUGCCGAACCGGAACGCCCUUUCAUUCGCACAGACAAAGGAACCGUCAAGAGACAAGCCACCCUCAAUCUAUACGCCGACUAUAUCGAAAGAUUCUACAAUUCGCGUGGUGAUGACUUGGGUGAUAUCAACGUGGACACCAGCACGCUUGAAUCUACGACAGAGUCUGUACGUCAAAUUCUGGGGUCUAUUCUACCUGCCAUCUUAGACGCAGCACCGGAUGAGGACAUCUUUGGUCUGGGCCUAGAUUCCUUGAAUGUGUUCAAGGCCAUCAAGAUGACCAAGACUGCCAUGAUGCUCCAAGACCAACUUGCACCACGCCAUCUCUACGCAAACCCUACAGUCGCAAAAUUCGCAAACUUCUUGUUCCGCCAAAUAUCAGAGGCUCAAAAACCGAAUGGAGAAAAUAAGGAGGAGUCCGCAGCCUCAAGAAUGAAGAAGCUCAUCGAUCAGCACAAGGCACGGUUAUCCUUUAGACUCAAUGCUCUGGACUAUGUGAACCCAUUGCACUACAUGGGACUCAGUUUUUUCUUUGCUCUCCCAGAAGGUAAAACCUUCGAGGAGACCUAUGUGAUAUUGCAAAAAGGCCUUCGGCGAACAUUCAAAAUUAUCCCUGCUCUGGAAGGCAAAAUCAUGGCAUGCUCGGAGCAGGAAAUUGGUUAUACGAAGGGCGAUCUCUGUGUCACGAUUCCUCCUCUGGAAUUGUCGAUCAUAUCGAAACCUGAAACCGAGGGUCCGAGACAGCUCAUUUUCAAAGACCUAUCAAAAACCUUACCGACCUUUGAAGAGUUGAAGAGGACCGGAUUUGUUCCAUCAGCCAUCAAUGAUGCGCUUAUCCUUUCUGAUGUUACUUUCCCGGAGUUGCCUGCCGAUAUCCUGGUUGCGCAAGCGAACUUUGUUCAAGGUGGCUGUAUCAUCGCUACAAACUUCAAUCACUGCUGUCUCGACGGCGCAGGUGUCAUGGUAGCCCUACAAGUAUGGGCCGAAAGCUGCAGAUAUGUGCAGGGUGAUGAGACUGCUACCUGUGACUGGUACGAUCCUGAGAGCUUCAACCACAGCCUACCAGAGAUUAUCUACGAACAAGAGGGUUAUGCUCGACCAGUGGAAGAGGUUGAUCCAGGCGUAUGGGGCUUCCUACCCUUUGUUGCCCCUGACCAUGUCUUGAAACAAUCAGUCAACGGAAUGACAAACGGUAACCAUGCCACCAAAAAGAAGCUUCCUCCUCCACCUCCACUUCCCUUGCGAUCUCAAUGGCCCUUGGACCCUAAUCCGUAUCCAACAAAGACUACGCAGUUUUUGAUCCCACCGGAGAAGCUUGAGAAGCUCAAGCAGGAAGUUCUAGCUGAUCCCGGGGCCAAAGGCGUCAUCACGUCCAUCAGCGACAUUGUACAAGCCUUCUUCUGGCGGGCCGCCAUUCGAGCCCGAUAUCGCGUAGCUACUCAGCUCCACGGCAAAACUUUUGGACCUGAAGAAUUAUCUAUACUGGAGACACCCGUAGAUGGUCGGCCCUAUUUCUCAUCGAUGCUGCCAUCGACCUACAUGGGUAGUAUGCUCAUCAUGGGCCGCGCUGCGAUGCCCAUUGAAACCCUCUGCUCGCCUGAAACUACGGUUGGCCAAGUUGCCUAUCUCUUGCGCGAAUCGGCCGCAUGUAUUACUCCGUCGCUGAUGCACGAUGCUUUCACGAUCCUGAAGUCACUGCCUGAUCAUAGUCGCUUCUCAACGGCUAACAUGGGACUCGAUCAUAUGCAUGCCAUGAUCUCCAACCUGAUGCUCUUCCAGCCAAACGUCAUUUCCUUCGGCGAUGGCAUGUUUGCUAACGGAGGCUCACCGCUGGCCUUGCGACCACUCAUCGACAGAGGCAAUGCACGAUUCCGCUUUCUGGUCAUCUUCCCACUGAGAGAGGACGGUGGAGUGGAAUUAGUGUUUGGCACGCGGCCGGAGGAGCUGGAGAUGUUCCAGGAAGAUGACGAGUUCACGAGAUAUGCAAAGUUGGUAGAUUCUUGCUGA